AAAAUGGUCCCCAAAUUAAUGUGCCUCCACAUUGAAGGGCCUUCUUCUAUCUAGCUUCCCAUGAAUUCUCCACCAACGCCUAGGUGAGUGUGUAUGUUAUUAAUUCAGAGCCACGUUGGGUGGUUCAGUUUUGAAGGCCAAUGCGUACGGGCGUGCGCGUGGCGGGGCUUAUGCGUGCACCCGCCCCAACCAUCAGCGCCGCUUUCCUCUUCCUCCCCUUAUGCAUAAUGGUCGUCUUGUCGGCUUCCGAUGCCGAAACUCUCCUUCAAUUCAAGCGCUCUUUGACCUCCACCACCUCUCUUCGCAGCUGGGACCCCUCUGUUCCUCCUUGCGACAACCGCAAGGCUAACUGGGCGGGUGUGCUUUGUAUGAAUGGCUAUAUUAAGGGUCUGCGGCUCGAGAAUAUGGGGCUUAAGGGCGAGGUUGAUGUGAAUCCCCUCGUUUCUUUGACUCAUUUGCGCACCCUCAGCUUCAUGAACAACACCUUGGUUGGGCCUUGGCCUAGUGUUAUAAGCAAACUAGGCAAUCUACGAUCUGUUUAUCUCUCCUAUAACCAUUUUUCUGGAGAAAUCCCAGACGAUGCCUUUACUAGUAUGAAAUUUUUGAAGAAAGUGUUUUUGACCAAUAAUGAAUUCAAGGGGCAAAUUCCCUUAUCUCUCGCUUCCGUGUCUACGCUUAUGGAGUUGAGACUUGAUGGAAACAAAUUCAGAGGCCAAGUCCCCCACCUUGAAAUGGAUACUUUGAAGAAACUUAAUGUUUCCAACAAUGAGUUGAGGGGCCCCAUACCUAGAAGCUUAAGCCAUAUGGAUCCUACCUGUUUUUCAGGUAACAGUGAUUUGUGUGGAGAUCCUCUUCCAGCAUGCGAGAUAUCCCAGUUGUCACCCUCAGGGCUGCUGAAAAUUGCGGUGAUACUGAUAGUUUUGGGGGUGACAUUAGCAGUGACAGCUGCAAUUUUCAUCAUUUUGGUUUUAAGGAAGCAUCCAGCAGGAGGCAGUAUUGAAGAGGAGAACAAGCCAGCGGAGAGUGCAUACAGAUCCACACAGUCGUCGUCGGUGGCACCGGCUCCGAAGAGGGGGGCAGAGCAUGGCAAACUGUUGUUCGUGAGGAAUGACCGGGAGAGGUUCGACUUACAGGAUCUGCUCCGAGCGUCCGCCGAAGUAUUAGGGAGUGGCUCAUUUGGGUCUUCCUACAAAGCAACUGUUCUCUGUGGUGCGGUGGUGGUGAAGCGAUACAAGCACAUGAACAACGCGGGAAGAGAGGAGUUUCAUGAGUACAUGAGAAGGCUAGGCAGGUUGACGCAUCCAAAUCUACUGCCCCUGGUUGCCUAUUAUUACAGGAAGGAAGAGAAGCUCUUGGUUUUCGACUUUGUAGACAACGGCAGUUUGGCAAGCCAUCUGCACGGGAACCACAACUUGGAGGAGCCAGGCCUGGAUUGGGGCGCCAGGUUGAAGAUCAUCAAAGGGAUAGCAAGAGGGUUGUGUUACCUCUACACCUCCCUGCCCAACAUAGCAGCACCCCAUGGCCAUCUCAAAUCUUCAAACGUGCUGCUAGACGAGUCGUUUGAACCUCUGCUCACGGAUUACGGCCUAAUCCCGGUAGCCAACCUUGAGCACAGCCAAACACUGAUGAUGGCCUACAAAUCUCCGGAGUAUGCGCAGUUGGGGCGCAUAACCAAGAAGAGCGACGUGUGGAGCUUAGGAAUUGUGAUACUGGAGAUGUUGACAGGUAGGUUCCCAGAGAACUACCUCACCAGAAAUCAUGACAUCAAAGCAGACCUGGCCAGUUGGGUGAACAACAUGAUAAAGGAAAAGAAGACUGCACAAGUGUUCGAUGCAGAGCUGGGGAGAGCCAGGGAGAGCAACAAAGGCGAACUGUUGAAGAUGCUGAAGAUUGGGUUGAGUUGCUGUGAGGACGAUGUGGAUAGAAGGUCGGACUUGAAUGAGAUAGUAAAACAAAUUGAAGAGCUGAAGGAGGGAGAGUUGAGUGAUGAUGGAGUUGACUUCUCCCCACACUAAAAUUUGUGUUUCAUCACCUUUAUUUUCUUCAAUCCCCACUGCAAUCGCCUACUUCAACUCAAAUCUUGCCUGCCUCUACUUUUAUUUGCGAGGCUGAAAACAAUGAACAUAAAUAUACUUCCUUUCCCUCUC